UUCCCUCUUUUCUCUCCUUUUAAGACUCAAAAAUUGAGCUGUUUUGCUUUCCCUGUUUUUGCUGCAUCAGAGAUUCUCUCCACCCCAUUCAAGUCAAAGAAGAAAGAAUAGAGGGAAUUUUUCUUCUUUUUUUAAAAAAGAAAAGAAGGAAAAGUUGGUAUGGAAUGGGAUGAGAGAGAGGAAGAACCACAGCUCAUGGCAUAUAUUCCCCCAACAUAACCCCACUUAUGUUUCCUGAUAUGGAGUGAGAUCAUAGAACAACACAACCAACUCCAAGUUAUAAAGAGAACUAUAGCUGGCACAUAUUGAUGCAUACAUAGCUAAAAGGAUCAAAAGGCACAUCUAUGUUUCAGUCCUUUGCCAGCAAGUAAGUAGUAACUCAUCCAAAUAUAGCAAAUGGAUCCACAAAGCAUGCAUUUUGUGCUGUCCACUGAUUCCAAACCAAGGCUGAAAUGGACUCCUGAGCUUCACCGACGGUUCAUUGAGGCUACCAAUCAGCUUGGAGGUGCAGAUAAAGCAACUCCAAAGAGUCUUAUGAGGGUGAUGGGAAUUCCGGGACUUACUUUGUACCACCUGAAGAGCCAUUUACAGAAAUAUAGACUUGGGAAAAGCCAAGAACUAGAAACCUGCUCUGACAACAAACAAGAAGAUUACAUAGAAACCAAGAGCAGCAGUGAUGGCCAUUGCAGCAGGGAAAUCAGUAUUGGGGCCCAGAAUCAACUUACGGAAAACAUGCAGAUAGCUCAGGCACUCCAAAUGCAAAUGGAAGUGCAAAGGAAACUUCAUGAACAAAUUGAGGUGCAAAAACAUUUGCAGCUCAGAAUUGAAGCUCAAGGGAAGUAUUUACAAUCAGUGCUAAAGAAGGCACAAGAAGCACUUGCUGGAUACAAUUCUUCCCCAGUGGGGAUAGAACUUACAAAAGCUGAACUUUCUCAGCUAGUUACCAUCAUCAACAAUGCUUGUCCAAGUUCUCCCAUCUCAGAACUGACAGAAACAAGAGGGUUGAGUUUAAGCUGUGGGGAGAGGAAAAGAGACAGAGGCACUAUGUGUUCACUGGAAAGUUCCUUGACAUCUUCUGAAAGCUCGGGGAGAAAGGAAGAGAAACAGCCAAUGGAAGAGAUUGUGGAGUUCAAAAGUUCCAUUAAUGUUUCACUUCAAUUGCCAUUGAUGGAAAUUCUCACUGAGGAUAAAGCAUCCAAUGGAGGCUCAAGCAAUGAGGCUAGUGGGAGAAAGAGAAGUGCAACAGCAGCAGAAUCUGAUGAUGGUAGCUGUGUUGUUGAGCAACCAUGUGGGAAAAGAUGUGGCAACAAGUUGAGGAAAGCCAAGUUGUCAGAAAUGCUUGACUUGAACAGCCAGUGUCAGAGUGACAUGGACUCAACAAGCUCAAAAACAUUAGACCUAAAUUGCAGUUUAAACUUUUGGGAACCAUGAAGAUGGUUUUUAUAUACUUCACUUCCUAAUUAAUUAUAUGAACGUAUGAAGCAAAAUCAUUGUCAUAAAAGAAAUCUGUUUAUAUAGUAUGUAUAUUUUUAUUAUUAUAAUGGAAAAAAGAAAGAACAAUUGACUGUAUAUCCUGGUCAAGAAAAAAGGUGCAACACAAAUAUAAUCAUAUGGUGUGGUGUGGCACUUGUAUAUCCUGGUCAAGAAAAAAAGGUGUAACGCACAUAUAAUCAUAUGGUGUUGUGUACCAACAAGUCAUUAGUUCAAAUUGUAUUGGGUUCGAUCCCCUUAAA